AUGUCCCUCGCGGCAUCAGCACAGCGGCCAUCCAGCAAAGAACGCCCCAACCAUGCCCGCGCGCCCUACGCAGCGCCCAAUGCGACCCGCCUGCGCACGCCCAAUGCGACGCUGACCGACGAGACCAUGUCCAGCGGCGGAAAUGCACACGGUCUGGGGGAGGGGGCUGCCGACUCGAUCGCCGAGGAGGACCCCCGUACAGCGCGCUGGCGCGAGCAGUACCUGCGCACCGAAGCGCGCCUCAACGCGGUGCUGGGCGGGACUAACGCGGCUGACCUGCUUGAUGCCCUCGAUGCUGCACCCAGGCCCUCGUCCGAUGACGCUCCGCCGGCGCAUGACGCGCGCCCGACCGCGACACCAAAGAAGGCCGCGCGCGCCAUCGAUGAGGACGACUACGGCGACGAUGACGAUGACGACGACGACGAUGACACCCACACCUCGCCGCUGCUGGCCAAGAGUGUCCUCAACCGUGUCGCUGCCGGCCCAACCACGCCAAGCGCCCGCGCACCACCUCUCCUGCACAAGAAUAGCCACGACCGGACGGGCACGCCGUCAUCAGACCAGGCCAAGUCUUCGGACGAUGUCCGCAAGCAAUUGCAGCAGGACAAACAGGCCGCUGAAGACGCCGCGAAGAAGAGCUUCCAGACCCUAUUCUACACCCUGGAGAGCGACCGCGAUGCCAUGCUGGAGCAGCAGAAGCUUGACGAACUCGAUCGACAAGUGGAGCAGGAGACAUCUGGCACCUCUGCAACCGCCCCAGCCAAUGGCACUGCCGUCGCCGCCCCCCAGCAAGGCACCCUCAGCACCACAAACCUCGGCGCCUCAAGUCUCACACUCAAACAUCUCAUCUCCCGCAUCGACGCCCAGCGAGAUCGUGUACAUGCCACUGAUGCUCAACUGCGCAGCCUGAUUAGCGAGGUUCGCAAGAACAGAAGCAAGUGGGCAAACGAGGACCGUGUUGGCCAGGAGGAGUUGUACGAAAGCGUCGAGAAAGUGCUCAUGGAGCUCAAAGCUGGUGAACACGCGCACCCCUUCCUUCAACGUGUCAACAAAAGGGAAGCGCCGGACUACUACAAUGUCAUCAAACACCCCAUGGACAUCGGCACGAUGAUGAAGAAGCUCAAGCAGCUGCAGUAUAAGUCAAAGAAGGACUUUGUUGACGAUUUGAUGUUGAUAUGGUCUAAUUGCUUAAAGUACAACGCCGACCCCAACCAUUUCCUCCGCAAGAAAGCUCUGCACAUGAAGAAAGAGACCGAGAAGCUUGUACCACUCAUUCCAGACAUCACCAUUCGUGACCGUGCUGAGGUCGAGGCCGAAGAGAGAAGGAUGCGAAACGGCGACAUCGAUGCUGACGGCGCUGAUGAUAGCGAAGACGAGGAACCCAUUAUGGCGUCACGAGGUCGAAAAGCGCCUAGCAAGGGUGGAAAAGGCUCGAACAACGCAAGAAAGGCACCUCCUGCAGGCUCAGAAGGCACGCCAGCGCCCGAGACCAAGCCGCCAGUACCGUCUUUGAACAGUACUGUGUCAAAUCUGAAGAAUGAGUUUCUACGUGCUGACUCCGAGAUGGAAGGAAGUGUCAACGGCUUCUCAACUCCUCCACCACCUGGUGCAUUGACACCCUUUGGGCCCAAUGGGGUCUUACGGAGUGGCGCACCGGGAAGUCAAGCAGAUUUUUCUGAAGUAGACGGUACUGGUGCCUCUGUCAGCGGAUUUGCGUUGGAGGAAGACGCGGAUCUUGACGAUUUAGAGUACAAAACCUGGAAACAAGUCACUAAGAAGGAUCGAGCUAUGAUCGCCGCUGAACGACACCGUCUUUUUCGCGACGAGAUACUUCAGCCCGAUGAACCUGCAAUCUUGCGCUCAAAGGCUGGUAUGCGAAGAUGGCUCCGCCAUCGAAAGGAAGCUGAUGCCGACACUGCAAAAGGUGCUGUUUCGGCACCGGACGGCAAGGACGGUGUCCAAGCAGUCGCCGGCGAAUCACUUGCUGAGGGCAUCCAAGACGAGGAGGAGCGCCAUAUCCCGGACUACUAUGAUCCUGUUUGCGUAGUCCCAGACCUCAACGACACAUUGCAGUGGGUCGAGGAUGCCGAAGGGCAUGUUGUCCAGCAACGCGAAGAGUACAUGCGCAUCUUCCCCAAAGGCCAAUUCACAGCCCCGGACAGUGCUUUGACAGAACGGAUGGACAAGAACAUGAACUCGUUACAAGAGACCCGGAAAAUCUGCGCCAAAAUCGGAAUCGUGAAACAGAUGCAGCUCCAGUCCCAGCUGUAUCAAAACCAAUUCCAAAAGUACGAGCCUCAGCCAUUCCACGAAGCGGACAUUGCACCCAUGGUGGUAUCAGAAGAGGGACCACCUAUGGCACCUUAUGUUUGCCGCGCAGCUCUACAGCGUAGUGUCGGUAAGAUCUUUUACCACGCUGGCUUCGAGGAGUUCCAACCUUCUGCGCUGGAUGCUGUGACCGACAUUGCAGCGAGAUUCUUCCAAAAUUUAGUGCAGUCUUUCGGUAUCUACCACGAGACGCCCAAGAUGAAAGCCGAAACUCCAGUUGUUACGGAAGGGGGUCAUUCUACAGACUGGGUACCGCGUUUUACUCAGGAGGAGGCUAUCCUGCACUCGCUGCAUGUCAAUGGCGUUGACCUAGAGUCUCUCGAGACGUAUGUCAAAGACGAUGUUGAACGACUCGGCACAAAGUUGGAUAGUAUGCAUGAUCGAAUGCGCGCAUACUACGCCGAGCUACUUCGACCGGCUUUGGACAACGUGGGUGCAGAUGGUGCAGGUGCCUUUAAUGAUGGUAGUGAGCAAUUCGUUGGGGGUGAUUUUGCUGAGGAUAUUGGUGAAGACUUUUUCGGCUUCAAGGAACUGGGACUCGACCGAGAGUUUGGCUUAACGUUCAGUGUGCCACUGCACUUGCUGCAGAAUAGGGUACACAACGCAUAUGCCAGACAAGACAACAGCAAUGUCGCUGCCACCGGCAACAUCAUGGAGGAGCCAGCGAAGUUCGAGCCGGUCACCACACAGGUCGCCGAGAGCCAGAUUGGUCUUGUGCGAGACUGGCUUCUCAAUAAGCUUCACAGUAACAGCGACGGAGCUCUUGUUGAAGAUGAUGAUCUUCCACCCAAACAGCGCUUCCCCAAGCCUCGUCUGCCACCCACUGGUAAAAUCUCGAGUCCUCGCAAACGCCCACUGCGGGAACAGCAACAGCUCGCCCGUAAGAAGCGCAAGCUUGAUGAAGAAAAAGAGGAGAACGGCGAGGCGGGCACUGCGCCUGCUGGUAUACUCAAGAGUCUAGGAAAACCAAUUGGCAAGCUUAAGCUUGAGCCGCGCCAGGACGCACAUAGCGUCCAGGAACCAGAGAAGGACGAUGGUAGCGGCAUGCCCAGCCCACCCGAGUCUUUUUAG